CGCUCCGCCGGAAAGGUUGUUCGUGGUGCUCCGUACUGCCCCGCGUCUCGUCCGCCGUCGCCGCGCGCGUCUUACACACGUGGUGCCGACAACGCCCCGCGCUGCCCCGCGGCCCCACGUCAACGUCCUGCCCAAGUCGCACUGCCUCAGAGUCUCUGUCCGAGUGCGAGGGUGUGAGGGCGGAGUCUCCUGCCGGCGUCAUCCUCGCCGUGCCAGUGUACCCGCGCCAAAAAAUACGAAACCAACGCCGGCCAGAAGCAGCGCGCCAGUGCGUGCCGGUUAGUUGAUCGGCGAUCAGCGAAUUUGGCCGAGUUUGCGUGGACGUGUGUGAUUGAGUGCAGUGUUGUGAUUGUGUGCGCCUAGUCCUUCCCCGAGACUGGCCUUCUGUCGGAUAACUCAAACUCUGUCCCGAGCAUCGGAACGGAAGCCAACGACGCCGGCGCUGACUUAAGGUCCGCCGCGUCGGGGCGCGUCAGUGCUGCAGUUUGGCCGCGGAGAGUGGCGCCCAUGACCGCGUGAGCGCUGCGUGCGCCGCGCACCACGUCGCCGCCAUGUCGAGGGCCGGCGCGGCGCUGGCCGUGGCCAAGGCCGUCUCCGAGGCCGUCUCCAAGGCCGCCGCGGCGCUCGUGCUGUCCGCCGUGCUGCUGAGCGUCGUGGGACCCGUCGCCGCAGGCAGAUCCUCCGACAAGUCCAAAGGCUGCUCGUUCCCCGCCGAGUGGGAGGGCCAGUGGUUCCAGCUGGGCCAGCAGGGCGUCAUCAUCAACGGCUCGGCCAUGCACGGCAAGGGCCACUGCGUGGAGAGCGACGGCGACAAGUACAUCAUGAUGGACAAGAACGACGCCGGCAAGCAAAGCUGCUACGGCUGCAUGAUCAUCUACCAGCGGCACAUGGACGUGCUGCAGUACAAAGAAGCGUGGCCGUGCAAGGACUACGGCGACCAGAACAUCGAACAGCUGUGCGGCGACGUGCACUCGGACAACCCGCUGCACUCCAUGUUCCGCAAGCAGCCCAAGGACGGCCCGGUGCGCUGCCCCUUCGCGCACCCGCCCUACACCUUCUCCUACAACAAGGGCACCGGGGACUGCCAGUCGCCCGUGUCGCGCGUCGACUCCUGCAUGGACAGCUCGCGCCUGCUCAUCAGGAACGCUGCCUGCGCCGACGUGGCCGGCACCCAGGACUUGGUGGAGGAGCUGGAAUGCCUGGCGACGUGGAAGGACGGCCCCUACCAGUACAUGGUGGGCAAGCUGAGCCGGCCCGAGCUGGGUGGCGUCUUCCAGUCCGACGAGGAGAGCUACCGCUGCUUCGUCUACGAGAACGUCAACAACACGACGCAGAUCGCCGUCUCGCCCGACGCCUCCUGCACGGGCAUUCCCUCGCCGUCGGACGGCUCCAAGGUCAUGAAGCUGACGCGAGCGGACCUGUCGCACACGCGGUGCAAGUUCCCGCCCUGGGUGGUGCAGCACCGCCACUGGUACAGCCUGGACAAGGCGCGGCUGUACAACUUCACGCACACCAACUCGUCCUUCCGGCACGAGGUGCGCGAGGACCCCAACCUGACCACCAUGAUGGCGUCCAUGGCGCUCAUGAGCCACGGCGCCCAGGCCCCGCCCACGUACAGCACCGGCGCGCUGGCGGCCGGGCUGCAGGGCGACCGCCACAAGCGCAACGAGCUGGUGGGCGUGUGCCACUCCGUGCAGGAGGCCGUGGCGCCUUCCAGGGACGCCGCCCAGGCGCAGCCCGCGUCGGGUAGCGGCAGCGGCCACGACCGAAAGAUGGCCCGCUUCGUCGUGCACGUCACCUCCGGAUGUGAGAGUGGCUACAUUUGUAUGCAGUUCUAUGAACGUGACAAUCACGUCAUUGAAGUCCAACAGUCUUAUAAAUAUGCGGCAGUUCCUGACGAGGCCUGCAGUGCUGAUUUCUUUGACACCAAAACUUUGCCUUAUGUCACCCUUAUUACCGCCCACCCGCACACCCGCAAGUGUCCCCAUGUGGGGCGGUAUAUAGUGGAUGGACAAAUUUCUCAGCAACGGCGUAAAAGAAAAGCAAUCGAGUCCAAUAUUGCAGUAACUGAUCCUGACACAUCCCAUCUUGAUAAUUUUGCUGACUGUGCAGAAAAUAGUUUCCAGUCUCUAGCUGUGGGAUGUCAAAGCCACAGCAACGAUAUCAUGGAAUUUCAUUCCACAUGUUCAAACAUGGCUACGUCAUAUUCGUGUCAUGGAACCUGGGAAGAAAAUGGAACCAGUUACUUGAUCGCCUCAACAAGCAAGUCUUCUGGUGCCAAGCGAUUUUGUUUCAUUUACACUCGCGAGAUGUUGCCCAUUGCUGAUGGGUACAAUAGACUGGAUGGCAAGCAUGGUCCAAUGGCAGCUGCUCGUCGUUCCUCUAUCUUAAGAUUAAGCACUGUGGCAGAAUCCUGCCAAAGGGAUAUUGUUCCUGGGCACAAUGGUGCAUGGGCCUUCAAUUUAACUGUGGAAGGUCAAUGCGACAAUUACGGUGUUGAUGGUACAGAUGGGGCAACCACAGCACAGCUGUCGGGUAUCCUGAUAACAGCUGCUUUGAUUGCCAUUGCGUCCCUCAGUGCCCUGAGAUGAUGAAGGCGAUCCACCCAUACUGCCGGCACUCCCACCUGUGAGCCACUUUACUAUUAGAAAAUGUUGAGUGGACUCUAGUGGUGUUGUGAUAUGAUUUAGUGACUGACAAACAGCUGUCUCAGCAGGCACCAUUUGUCUUUAACUAUAUUCAGCUGGUUGAGUAUGGGGUCGAUAAUUAUGCGAUAUUAUCGCAGUUGUGAGGAAAAGGGCAGCUGGCAAUUUGAUUGCGCCACUGCAUUUACAAACAUUUAUGUUGUAUUGCAUUAGUAAGCUUGUGUGUUUCCACAUUUUUGCUCAUAAAGUGAACUGUUAUGUAAAUUAACUCUAAUUUUGACUUGAGCUAAGUGUUAGAUAUCACUUUCAUUAAAGCCAAAAAUUUGUCACUGUGAAAGUUACUUUUUAUACCUAUGUCCUAUGCGUAAUAGCAAGGGUUUUCUCUUCUACGUGUAAGAGGAUCAGCAGUUGCUCCAUUUGUAAAUAUUCUGGUUGACUCAAGCUAAAAGCUUGUUAUUUCUUUUGAUUGUUUGUUUUUGGGUUUGUUUGUUUUUUUUUUACAGAUAGUACUAUGAACUGAGUUACAUUCCAAAGUAUCUGUAUUUAAAAGAUUUUAUUUGUGUGUGUUCAAUUAUUGUGGGAAGCUGUUUGAGCAUUUUAUGGUGAAAUAUCUAAAAUUUCCCAACCUCGCCUACCACAAAUAAUUUUAUUAUUCUCUCUGUUCAAUGCUUAGACUGCAGAUUGAUGACCAGGGAACAACCUUUGGCUGUCUCUAUUGUUUGUGGAACACUACCUGGAAACAAGCCCCAGCUACAGCUUUUUGCCGAGCUUGCAUAGCAUGGUGCAGUGGAUCACUCCACCCAAUGUUUGGGAUGUGAGAAAAUCUCAUUGCCCUGCAAAGCCAUCAGCCUUAAUGAGACCAUAAUGUUAUUGUAUUUUUAACGGUUUACAAAAAUUCAAAAUGUACAUAAAUCUAAAUUGUAUAAUUGUAUAGGUACAAACAGUAUUUAUAUAUGUGUAAAUAUAUAUCUACAUAUAUCUAUAUAUAUUUUUACCCCAGUGGAUCAGAAUGAAUGUGAAAGGGGGUUUGGGAUAUACUUCACUUGAUAUGAGAGAACCCUUCCCUUGCUUGUGUAUUGAUUUAAAUAUGUUGCUGGUGCUAUCUACUUGUUCUGAAAUUUUGUUGUUGAUGUUCUCAUUUCUAUUAGAUUAUCACAUUGUGAUGCCUUGCUUGAUUUCUGUGUUAAAGUGAGAGAGGUAAAGGGUGCACAAUUACAUUCACAAUGUGCUCCUUGCUAUUUAAUGGGCUCUACAUAUUUGUUAGUAGAAACAAACACUCUGUCAAAGUCAAACUGCUCAUCUAUACCUCAUACGGUUCAACAAGUAAAAAGAAAUUAGAGUCGUUCCACAAUUUUGUUUUGGUUGCUUAUAUUCUUGUUUUACCAACAGCCUUUCUUGUGAUACUGAGUUGCUAACUUUACUUUAAUUUAUAGGUUUGGUUCUUUUUCUUGGCCAUUCAUGAAGGUAAUCUUUUUUAUUUAGGAAUGAAUCCAUAUCCAUGUUUUUAGUAACUUAUUUGUAUUAAGCCUCAGAUAGACAUGAAAGAUCCACCUAACACAUCUUAAAUACUUACUAAAAAAAAAAAUGAAUGAACUAGAAACCGUACGUUUCUGAAACAGGAAGUUAGUUUCUAUCAGACAUGGAAAAAGUUUAGUCACAAGUCUCACACAAGAGAACUUGUUUCAUUUGGCAAUCAAUGGCUUGCCAAUAUGUGUUAAGUACCAAGUGCUACAUUUCCAUGAAAUGCUUGACUGUGAUCUCAAAAUAUGGUUUUUAAAUUAUAAAUUAAUUAGGAAAUUUUUAAAAUGAUACUUAAAGUGUUUUACCACUCAUCUUUGUGGAUAUUAGCUAAAUGUAUAAUUGAUUGUAUUUGUAAAAUGUUAGUUGUACCAUACACCCUGAACAGUCCUCUAAAGAUGAUGUGGUGUUGCAAAGAUCCAUCAUAAUAUAAUACCUUCUUUAUUUUCUAUUGUUGUUUAACUCCUUCUGUUGCAUAAUGUUAAGAUGAUCAGUUCAAAAUAUAAAGUUUGCUCUUCAUGCCAAUACAACCUUUGUGUGUUGGUUGAAUCCAAAGUGAAACAAAAUGUUUUUAGAUAUACCUGUUUUCGUUUUUGCUUUUAUUCCGCAUGACAAAAUGUAUGUAUCAUAAACUUCGCACAUAAGUUAAGCUUUUUUAAAUAGCAUAGAAGAUUCCUUAGUAUCCUCAUGUUGUUAUAGUCUUUAAUUUGCUGUGAUUUUGUACUGAUAAAAUUUGUAAGGCGUGUCAUAUUGCUGUUUUUUCUUGAUGAGGCAGUUUGUUUCCGUUCUAGUUUUCACUUUCACAGUUUUCAAGUACAUUAAUAGAAGUACAUCAGACAUGAUGUUGCUUGUAAGGAAAUGCGGUCAUAUGCAGAAGAACAACUAAGCUGUCUCACCGCCAUAAACUCAGGUGAUUAACAACUUCAAUGCCAGUUCGUCAGGGAUUUUGGACUGAAAGAGAUUAUUUUGAAUGGAGUCGUAGAGAUGUUAUCUUCCUAUUGCAAGGGGAUGAAAAUAACAUAGUGAACAAGCAUGUUGAGAAAUGGAAACGAAAUCCUUUGACUGAAUUUAGACAUGGUAAAGUAAGAUAAUUUAUUAAACAAUGGCCAAUGUUGGUGCAACUAUGUUAAGAAUUUUCUUCAUUUACUGUAAACAGAAGGCAAUUACUUGAGAGACUUAUGAUUCUUAAUAAAAAUAAAAAUGUUUAAAAGUU